AUGGUGUUUGGUCGCAUUCAGUCCUUGCCAGGAGCAGAGACUAUGCUCAGCAAACCUGUGGAGAAGCAGUGUGCUGACACUGUGGUCACCUUCCUCAUCAGGAUUGCCUGCCAGGUGAACGAUUCCACCAAUGUGGCCGACUCUCGAGGUAAGUUCCUGAAGAUGGCUGAUGAAGAUGUCCUGAGGCUGGACAUGUGGCUCCAUGCUGAGCUCAAGCUGCAGUGGUUCGACAAGCUGUUGAUGACUGAGGAGCAGCCGCCCAGGCUAACAUCUCCAACAGCUUGCUUCACAUAUGUAACAUUUUGGUUUUGUUUUGCAGAGGCGGGCUCUACCAACAAUGAGGAGCGGGUUUUCCGGCAGCGAAUGCAACCCAGGAAGCGCCAGGGGGCUGUUCGGCGGAGGGUCCACCAGGUUAACGGGCACAAGUUCAUGGCCACCUACCUGAGGCAGCCCACCUACUGCUCUCACUGCAGGGACUUCAUCUGGGGCGUUUUAGGGAAACAAGGUUACCAGUGUCAAGUUUGUACCUGUGUCGUCCAUAAGCGCUGCCAUGAGCUCAUCAUUACCAAGUGUGCAGGAAUGAAGAAGCAGGAUGACACAGUCGGAGAACAAGUCGGGUCUCAGAGGUUCAGUGUCAACGUCCCGCACAAGUUCAGCAUUCACAACUUUAAAGUUCUGACCUUCUGCGACCACUGCGGCUCCCUGCUGUGGGGCCUGCUGCGACAGGGACUCCAGUGUAAAGUAUGUAAAGUGAACGUACACAGGCGAUGCGAGAGCAACGUCGCUCCCACAUGUGGAGUGGAUGCCAGAAGAAUUGCAACCGUCCUCUCAGAUCUUGGACUGACACCAGAUAAAAUCUCCAACAGCACCCAGAGGCGGAAAAAGCAGCUUCCUCAGGCUCAGGAUCGUCAGCAGCUGCCAUCAGAGCUACAUCAGACAGAGGAGGACCACUCGAGGUCCGCUCCCACCUCUCCAUGUGAUCAAGAUGUGAAGGAACUGGAGAACAUCCGGAAAGCUCUGUCCUUCGACCACCGUGGAGAGGAGCACAAAGCACACCCUCUGUCCUCGCCAUCGUCGGUAGAGACGAUGGAAGAAAGAGGGGCAGGGGGCGUCGAUGGAAGUGGGGUAAAGGAAGAGAGAAGCCAGGAGAAUGGCGAGGUCAAAGGUCACAGUGCUGCUGAGAUAAAAAGGAUGAACCUGCAUGACUUCCUGUUCAUAAAGGUGCUGGGGAAAGGAAGCUUCGGAAAGGUGAUGCUGGCCGAGCUGAAGGGCACCGACGAGGUGUUCGCUGUCAAAGUGCUGAAGAAGGACGUGAUCCUGCAGGACGACGACGUGGACUGCACCAUGACGGAGAAGAGGAUCCUGGCGCUGGCCAGGAAGCACCCGUAUCUGACCCAGCUCUUCUUCUGCUUCCAGACUAAAGACCGUCUGUUCUUCGUAAUGGAGUACGUUAACGGAGGCGACCUGAUGUUCCAAAUCCAGCGGUCUAGGAAGUUUGAUGAGGCGCGCUCCCGAUUCUACGCCGCCGAGGUCACGUCUGCGCUGAUGUUCCUGCACCGGCAUGGAGUCGUUUACAGGUAGGAGCCACGGCUUUCGACAUGCUUUGACCGCAGCUUGUUGAGAAGUUUGGUCUCUGGUUGGCUAUAUCUCUUUCUUUUUUCUCUCUCCCCUCUGCUGUCAUUUGAUAUUCUGUGAAGUUUGAUGCUUAUUUGAUUUAAUGCCACCAACUAUGAUCUGCAUUAUGGAAGAAUUCCUCUUUAAAGGAUUUCUCUGGAGAUGUGAAGUAAAUUGUGCCAUUUGGCAAACUUGAGUAUUGCAGCUUAUACAUAUGUUUCAUAUGUUUGUAUUUUCCAUCAUAAAUAAGAAUUCUUCUUAUUUAUGAUAGAAUAAAUUGUUCCAUCCAAGUUAGAGGCAUUUUUUAUGCCUCUAACUUAGAAGCUGCUUGUAAUUAUGCCUCAGUGAUUACUUUCACUUUUGAUAACAUCAGAUGUUCUAAAUAAAUGAUUAUUCUUUCAAGAAUUGAUUUCAUAAACACCAACUAAACAAAACUGCAGUGGUGGGCACAUUUCCGUUGAUCCGCUAAUGUGCUAGUAACAGAGGUUUUAGCUUAACACUUUUGCUAACUUUGGAAACAUUUAGUGCACUUAGCUUCCCCUAAAUAAUUUUUCUGGAUAAAUUUGAAAGCGAUAAUUUUCUUGGGCGUUUGGUAAUCUUCUGGCUGAAUAAACUUUGACAUCUGUGUUGAAGU